AAAGUUCCAUUCUACAUGCUUUUCAAUUUUGCUGAUCAUCUUGAUGUAACGUUGAUGAUCAUUGGCACUAUCUCUGCUGUGGCUAAUGGAUUGGCAAGCCCUCUCAUGACUCUCUUUCUUGGGAAUGUCAUCAAUGCAUUUGGUUCCUCUAAUCCAGCAGACGCUAUCAAACAAGUUUCUAAGGUAUCAUUGCUAUUUGUUUACCUAGCUAUUGGGUCUGGAAUAGCAUCAUUUCUACAGGUAACAUGUUGGAUGGUAACAGGAGAAAGACAAGCUGCAAGGAUUCGUAGCUUGUACUUGAAAACCAUAUUACAACAGGAUAUUGCAUUCUUUGAUACUGAAACAAACACAGGAGAGGUAAUUGGUAGAAUGUCUGGUGACACAAUUCUCAUUCAAGAGGCUAUGGGAGAAAAGGUUGGGAAGUUUUUUCAACUUGCUUCAAAUUUUUGUGGUGGCUUUGUGAUGGCAUUUAUAAAAGGAUGGCGCCUAGCUAUAGUUUUACUCGCAUGUGUACCUUGUGUUGCCGUUGCUGGUGCUUUCAUGUCUAUAGUGAUGGCUAAAAUGUCAAGUCGCGGACAAAUUGCUUAUGCAGAAGCGGGAAACGUUGUUGAUCAAACAGUUGGAGCCAUCAGAACAGUUGCAUCUUUUACUGGUGAGAAAAAAGCCAUAGAGAAGUAUAAUAGCAAGAUAAAAAUUGCUUAUACUACAAUGGUUAAACAAGGCAUAGUCUCAGGGUUUGGAAUCGGAAUGCUUACCUUUAUUGCCUUCUGCACUUAUGGACUUGCCAUGUGGUAUGGUUCCAAACUAGUCAUCGAGAAAGGAUAUAAUGGCGGAACGGUCAUGACUGUGAUCAUAGCUCUUAUGACUGGUGGGAUAGCAUUAGGUCAAACAUCCCCAAGCUUACAAGCAUUUGCUGCAGGCCAAGCAGCAGCAUAUAAAAUGUUUGAGACAAUUAGAAGAAAGCCCAUCAUUGAUGCAAGUGACACCAGUGGUGCUGUCUUGGAAGACAUAAAGGGAGAUAUUGAACUCAGAGAUGUUUCCUUCAGAUACCCUGCAAGGCCUGAUGUGCAGAUCUUUGAUGGUUUCUCAUUGUUUGUUCCAAGUGGCACAACUACUGCUUUGGUGGGUCAAAGUGGAAGUGGAAAGUCUACUGUAAUCAGUUUAUUGGAAAGAUUCUAUGAUCCUGACGCUGGCGAAGUACUUAUAGAUGGUGUGAAUUUGAAGAACUUGCAACUUAGAUGGAUAAGAGAACAGAUUGGGCUGGUUAGUCAGGAACCUAUCUUGUUUACUACUUCUAUCAGAGAGAACAUAGCAUAUGGGAAAGAAGGUGCAACUGAUGAAGAGAUAACAACAGCUAUAACACUAGCAAAUGCCAAGAAAUUCAUUGACAAACUUCCUCAGGGCCUUGACACCAUGGCAGGGCAAAAUGGGACUCAACUUUCUGGUGGACAAAAGCAAAGAAUUGCAAUUGCAAGGGCAAUAUUGAAGAACCCAAAAAUCCUUCUUCUUGAUGAAGCAACAAGUGCAUUGGAUGCGGAGUCUGAACGUAUUGUUCAAGAAGCACUAGAAAAAAUUAUAUUGAAAAGGACUACUGUUGUCGUUGCGCAUCGUUUGACAACUAUCAGAAAUGCUGACAUAAUAGCAGUGGUUCAACAGGGGAAAAUUGUGGAGAGAGGAACACACAGCGGGUUAACCAUGGAUCCUGACGGUGCUUAUUCUCAACUUAUUCGUCUACAAGAAGGAGACAAUGAAGCUGAGGGUAGCAGAAAGUCUGAAGCAGAUAAGUUAGGUGACAAUUUAAAUAUAGAUAGUCACAUGGCUGGAUCUUCGACUCAGAGAACUUCCUUUGUGAGAUCAAUAAGCCAAACUUCAUCAGUGAGUCAUCGACAUUCCCAAUCACUUAGAGGCUUGUCUGGAGAAAUAGUAGAAUCAGAUAUCGAACAAGGUCAACUCGAUAACAAGAAAAAACCCAAAGUAUCUAUAUGGCGUUUGGCCAAGUUGAACAAGCCAGAGAUUCCUGUCAUACUGCUUGGAGCCAUUGCUGCAAUAGUAAAUGGUGUUGUGUUCCCUAUAUUUGGCUUCUUGUUUUCAGCAGUCAUUAGUAUGUUUUAUAAACCUCCAGAACAGCAGAGGAAAGAGUCCAGGUUCUGGUCCCUUCUAUUCGUGGGUUUGGGUUUGGUUACUUUAGUGAUUUUACCACUGCAAAAUUUCUUCUUUGGAAUUGCGGGAGGAAAACUUAUUGAAAGAAUUCGUUCAUUGACAUUUGAAAAGAUUGUGCACCAAGAAAUUAGUUGGUUUGAUGAUCCUUCACAUUCAAGUGGUGCAGUUGGUGCAAGGUUAUCAAUCGACGCUUCAACUGUGAAAAGUCUUGUUGGUGACACCAUGGCCCUCAUUGUUCAGAACAUAUCAACGGUCAUAGCUGGUCUAGUUAUAGCAUUCACUGCUAACUGGAUUCUCGCUUUUAUAGUUUUGGUUUUGACACCUAUGAUUCUUAUGCAAGGAAUCGUUCAGAUGAAGUUUCUUAAAGGAUUCAGUGCCGAUGCUAAGGUUAUGUAUGAAGAGGCAAGUCAGGUGGCAAAUGAUGCCGUUAGUAGCAUCAGAACUGUUGCAUCAUUUUGUGCAGAAUCAAAGGUGAUGGACAUGUACAGUAAAAAAUGUUUAGGCCCAGCGAAACAAGGAGUUCGCUUGGGGCUUGUUAGUGGUAUAGGAUUUGGCUGCUCGUUUUUAGUUCUAUAUUGCACAAAUGCUUUCAUUUUUUACAUAGGAUCUGUUCUAGUGCAACACGGCAAAGCAACUUUUACAGAAGUUUUCAGGGUUUUCUUUGCUUUAACAAUGACGGCAAUCGCCGUUUCGCAGACGACUACAUUGGCACCAGACACUAACAAGGCCAAAGAUUCUGCAGCUUCAAUAUUUGAAAUUAUUGACAGCAAACCUGAUAUUGAUUCCAGCAGCAAUGCGGGUGUAACACGAGAAACAGUAGUUGGUGAUAUUGAACUUCAACAUGUCAACUUUAAUUACCCAACAAGGCCCGACAUUCAAAUUUUCAAAGAUUUAAGCCUAAGCAUCCCAUCUGCAAAGACUAUUGCCUUGGUUGGAGAAAGUGGCAGUGGAAAAUCAACAGUUAUCAGCCUCUUAGAGAGAUUUUAUGACCCUAAUUCUGGACGUAUAUUACUAGAUGGAGUGGAUCUCAAAACUUUCAGAUUAAGCUGGUUGAGACAACAAAUGGGGUUGGUUGGUCAAGAGCCUAUUCUUUUCAACGAAAGCAUUCGUGCUAACAUAGGUUAUGGAAAAGAAGGGGGUGCUACAGAGGAUGAGAUCAUUGCAGCAGCUAACGCAGCAAAUGCACACAGCUUCAUAAGUAAUCUUCCAGAUGGAUAUGACACGUCUGUUGGAGAAAGAGGCACGCAACUGUCCGGAGGACAGAAGCAGCGCAUUGCUAUUGCAAGAACCAUGCUAAAAAACCCCAAAAUACUUUUGCUUGAUGAGGCGACAAGUGCACUUGAUGCUGAGUCAGAGCGUAUAGUUCAAGAGGCUCUAGAUAGAGUGAGUGUGAACAGAACUACUGUGGUGGUAGCUCACCGUCUUACAACAAUUCGAGGGGCUGAUACUAUAGCGGUAAUUAAAAAUGGGGCGGUGGCUGAAAAGGGAAGACAUGAUGAGUUGAUGAGGAUUACUGAUGGUGUUUAUGCUUCAUUAGUAGCUCUUCAUUCAAGUGCAUCAUAAGAUAUUUCUAUUUUCUACUUCCAAUAUCGGUUCCUCUGAUCUUCUACAUCCGAGAAAGUGCAUUC